AAUUAUAUGUCUAUGGUACAUAGGGUCGUUGAGUAACCUGUAUAUCUUAAAUCGUGGUACUUCCCGUAUCAAUCGUUAUCUCUUAUGUACCGCCAAAUUCCAAUGCAAUAUGCAGUAACUGUUAUGGCGGCGAGUAGAGACCAUAAUGUACUUAUAUAUUAUUAUUGUUCUGUGACAUUUUAUAGACCUGUAAAUUAUUAUAGGUCUAUGGACUGUGAGAUGGGUGAUGACCACGCAUAAUAAUAUUAUGAAAAAUACACAUAACUACCAGUAAUAUUCUUCCGCGGUCGCGAUAACACUGUGGACAAUAUUUGGUCACAAUAGUAUUGUGAUUUAUGAAUUAACGAAAUAAAUUCAGUUCUAAUUAUUGUGUUGUUAACCUGACCAGGUUGGGUAUUUACCAUCGUUAUGACGGGUAUAGUAUUAUAUAUUUAUAUUUUCCAUGGCUUUUGAGACUACUAUUUUUAAACCUCUACGUCCAAUCAAAUAUUACGUUAUUUCAUAAACGCUGUACACAAAUCAUCGCGAUUCGCCAUACGAUUAUGGUAUUAUACGGAUUCCAGUUCUCGCUUUUCAGGCUUUCAGACACGUCUAUAAUAAUGCCCGUUCACUGCGAGAUGUUAUUGAAACGCACGUGAACAGUUAUUGUUACUUAACGUGACCCGUACCUGCCACCUGCACGAGAAGUCAGGUCCGAGACAGAAAAAAGAACAACUGGAAUAAAUUAUGGAGAAAUCAUUAGUUCCUCAUAGGCUUACUAAUAAUGACCUUUAUAUUACUCAUGCUGAAUUUCAAGGAUGUUUCAUAAAAAUUUGGGCUAACUUUUAUUCUCAAAAAAGAACAAAUUUAGAAAAAAGCGUACAAAAUUAUGAAAAUUACUCAAAGGACUGUAAUACAUUGGACUUAUUUGGAAACAAGUUAUAUGUAUAUACUUGGAAAAAUGACUUUGAAUCAAGAGUUUAUAGAUGUCGAAUUAUAUAUUCAGAUUUAGUAGCCAAAACUCACACUAUAAUCCUCAUUGAUUAUGGCCGGACUAUGGUAGCUUCAUAUUAUGAUGUAAGAGAAGUAAUUCAGGAUGUAGAUCCAGCUUUUUUAAUUGAUUUAUGUCAAAGAGCUACAGUAUACACAUUUUUGCUGAGUACAUAUAUAAGUAAACCAAAAUCAAACAACGACUUAGUUAAUAUUUUGUGUAAUAAAUAUUACAAAUAUCGAAGAGACUUUGAAGUUGGUGGAAUCACAUUCGUAUCAUUAUUUGAUGUUGAUAAAAUGUUAGUUGACAAAGGUAUAGCGGAUAACAUCAAUUUGGCUACAAUGAUCACCAUUGCUAAAAGUAUGGAAUUAACAAUUAAGUCAAACAAUAAAACCGAUAUGAUCAACAGUUGCCCAAUUAAUAGCAAAGCUUCAAACUUUGGUUAUUUUCUACGAUCUCAACGUUUAGAUUAUGUUACCUUAAUAGACAUAAGUGUCACAAAAGUUGUUAUAGAUAACAUUUCAAUUCUACUAACAGUCCGGACUCAUGACAAUGAAUCUGAAGUAUUAACCAAUAUGUUAAAUUCAAUUGACAGACAAAAUUUAAAACUGGCACCUGUUCUUGAAGUGUAUACUCCUUGUUUGAUUGUUUUACGUAAUAAAUUGGUUAGAGCUAUAAUUUUAGAAGUAAAAAUAGAUCAAUUGUACAUUGAUCUAGUAGAUUAUGGAGUUAAAGAGUUGGUACCUAGGACUGCAGUUUUUGAAAUACCUUCCAAUUGCUAUUUGAUUGAAAUGCGUUCUUUGAAUGUAAUACUAGACAAGCCAAACGAUACAAUUGUAGAUGAAAACAUGUUUGUUCAAAAAUAUUUUCAAAUGCUACCAUUAAAAAUGGAUCCUAAUUUUGGUUUAUACAAAGUUAAAUUAUUCAAAAAAAAUAAUGAAGGCCAUGUUAAUGUAUGUAAAGUAUCAAAUGAUACAAAUGAUUCAAUAUGUAUGAAGUCGCAAGAAAUGUUUUCAAUAACAGAGAUAAAUGAUGAGAUAAAAAGCAUUGAAAAUAAUACUGAAAAUUGUGAAACACCAAUAAACCGUCUUAAUGUAAGUAUAAUGUCCUAUAUUAUUAUAUAAUAAAUAAAAUAAAUCUUAUUGAAAUGACCUAACUUAAUGUGAAGGUGCUUAUUCACUAAGUGACAUAAUAUGGAACUAUUUCGGACCUCCUUAUCAUAGGCGUAGCGUGAUGGAAUUUAUAUUGGGAGGGGUCUAAACACCUCCCCCACAUAUUAUCUCCAUUUAGAUCCACCAUAUAAUCAGGAUCUAUUAUGUUUUAUAAUAUGGACUAGGUGCCCUACAAUCUUAA